CAGCUGAAUGAACAUGUGUGUGUGUGUCUCAAGGGACGAGAGAGAGAUAGGAAGCGUUUGGGUUUAUGGGGCGUGUAGUGGGCCUUAGUUUGGCACUGGUAGAGUAGUAGUGUGGUGGUACCGUGGUGGUGUGGUGGGGACAGCAGUGAGGGGGAGCAAUGUUGCGGAGGUUUAUUGAUCUUCUAAGGUGUUCCUCCACUUGUGAACUGGCCAGAAUACUGAACUGUGUGUGCUAAUGUUUGUUAACUUGUGUAAGUGUUGAUUGUGACUGUAAACCCCUAAGCUCUUUGAACGCUAAGCUUCUUGUGACAUGUCUUCUUUAGCUCUUGUGACGUUAAGCUCCUCAUCUUACUCCCGCUUGCUUUAACGCUAUUCCUCAAAGUUCUCCCAAAUGUUUCUCGUUGAAUGUGUGUGAUUAACUUUUUGAUUCAUGUGUCACAGUAACUUUGUACAUGCGUCACGGUAUUCUCUUGACGAAACGUGUUGAGUCCUGUGUCAUAUUGGGCUCUUGAACAUCUCGUAUCCUUACGUGUUGGUAUUUGGCGCUUAAAUCUUGUAAAACCUUCGAAUCCUUUAUCUUUAUCUUAUCUGCUUUGGGGACAUAAUUUGACCCAUGACUCAAUCCCAUGUGAUGUCUCGAAUCCUAUGUGAUAUUACUUCGAAUCCUUGUGUAAUGUUGCUUUUGAAUGUUGUAUGAAGUUAGGUUGGGAACUUGCGUGACGUUACUGCCUCUGGAAUGUCCUGCCGUGGCGGAUAUCACCUCAUCAUGACUGGCUCACACACACCCUUGCAUCGCGUGCGUGGGGGAAACCUGUGUGGGACUUCCCUUCACAGUUUGGGUGUAUGCAAGGGCUGGAGUGUUAGAGAGACGCAGAGGCAGAGCAGAGAUGGACUGGUACAGCGACUGGCCGAGGACGCUGGUGGGCCUCACGUUGGGCGCCGGCUGCCUCCUCUACUACCUCCUGGACGCCGCCAAGGUUCCCGUGGUGGCGUGCCGGCCCGGGGCGUGGCGCGGGUUCUUGGAGCAGCACCUGGGUAUCCUGCAGGAGCGGUACUGGCCCACGCCCUGGUGUUAUGAGUCCCGCUGCCAGACCAUCAUGGCCUCCGUGCUGCGCGCCAGGCUGCCCCACAUCAACUACAGGAGGGAGCUGCUGGAGCUGAAGGACGGCGGCCAGGUGUGUCUGGACUGGCUGAAUGACGGGCGGGAGCAUGACGAGACGCACCCCACCGUCAUCAUCCUGCCAGGCCUCACAGGGUCGUCCCAGAGUGAGUACGUCAAGAGCUUCGUCCUCUCAGUGCAGGACGCCGGCGCCAGGUGUGUCGUCUUCAACAACAGAGGCCGCGGCGGAGUGCAACUGAAGACCGCCCGAACUUACUGCGCGGCGAAUAGCGACGAUCUGGAGGAGGCGAUCGAGCACAUCCACAAGAAAUACCCUAAGACGCCUCUCAUGGCCACGGGCAUCUCACUGGGAGGCAUGAUCUUAGGUAACUACUUGGUGACACGGAAGGAGAGAGCGGCAGAGCACUUGGUAGCAGCAAUGGUCCUCUCAAUCCCGUGGAACGUGUUUGUAGGGACCCAAAGCCUGGAGAAACCCCUGUGGAACCUAAUGCUGAACCGCCACCUCGCCAGCUGCCUGUGUGAGUCAAUCAGAAGCAUGAGGAAGCAACUGGAAGGGAACUACAGCUGGGAUUUGGACCACGUUAUGAAGAGCAAAACGAUCCGUGAGUUUGAUUCGCGGUUCACAGCGGUUCAGUUCGGGUUUCGUGACGUGGAGGACUACUACCGCACGGCCUGCCUUCACGAUAAGCUGCAUUUGGUCCGCGUCCCUCUUCUCUGCCUCUCCGCUGCCGACGAUCCAUUCCAGCCCCUGCAAGGCAUCCCGGUCGAAGAGGCCAAGAAAUCUAGUCACGUGGCCAUUGUGGUAACCUCUCGCGGCGGUCACAUAGGGUUCAUGGAAGGCAUUAUCCCCACCAACACCUACUACAGCGACAGACUUUACAAGCAACUCGUCUCCUCAGUCUUCUCCAACCUCGAGCAACUUGGGGACGUGAGGAACGAGGCUCAGAAGUACGCGACGGAGGUGAUGUGUAGCAGUGCGGGGGUGAGCGGUGACGGGGAGGGAUCAUCGUCAGUAGCGGGCGUGUCAGGGUUAGCUCAGGCGUCUUCAUAAUAUCACGCUCCUGUUAUGCUGUUAGUGGUGGUGUUAGUGGUAUUAUUAUUAUUAUUAUUUUAUUAUUAUUAUUAUUAUUGUUAUCGUUACUAGCAUUAUUAUUUUUGCUGUUUUUAAUAUGACUGUUAUUAAAUCAUUAUUUGUAUUGUUAGUUGGAAAUGCAUUGUUUUUAAUUAAUAAUAGUAAUAAUAAUUAGUGAUAAUAAUAAUUAAUGAACAAAAGUCAGAGGGAUAGAAAACAGGAAAAUUUAUAGAAUGUUUAUAAUAAGGAAAUUUUUUCCAUCCAUGAGCCAACCUGGCACAAUGAAGAUAACAGAAUGAUGACAGGAGGCCAUUAUCACUGCCGUACAACGUAGUUAUAACCAGUACAACGAAAACAAGUACGUACGUACGUCACGGUGAAUUGUGCAUCGUGUCAUACUAAAGGAAAAGGAUGUGGGUGAUGUUCAAGUCCAUUACUGCGCCGUUUUCAGAUGAACCAGAAAUCACAAAGCUUAUGAACACAUUUAUGUUGUACAGUCUUUGUAUAGAUAUCAUUACGUUAAGAUUUUGUAUAGUAGGUGUUUAACUCUUUAAGCUUAGGAUAGUUAGUCACGUUAUUAACCCUUUCAGUACUGGGGCACAUUUUUACCAUGAGUUUGGGUAUGAUUAGACAGUUUCAUUUGCAUUAGGAAGAGUGUAUGAAAAAUUUAAAAAUUAAUGGUUCAGAGGAUUCACUAAUCAAAUCACCAACAUGAGUUUUCAAUCACCAAAUAGUAGCCUGAAUGAAUAUGAAAACGCGUCAUUGUACUGAAGGGGUUAAGAUGAUUGUGAUUUAGUAAAAAAAAAAAAGGAACGCAUUGUUUCUCAUAGUGCUGGAGGGAAGGUAUAGUCGUUAAUCAGGCUUAGUGGUGAGCUAUUAGGGAGCUUUAAAAAGUCAGACAAAUGAUGGAUGAAGUGGGCUGAAACAAGCGGGCCUUCAUACAGGAACUGCCACGUGUAGACCUCAUUGCUUCUUGCAGCUUCCCUUAUUUCACCAAGUGUAUUUCGAGGAACAUUAGUUAAAUCAUAAAAAAAAAAAGAUUGUCAUGUCUAUGUAAAAGUCGCGUUUUUUUAUUUUUUUAUUUACAUUGAUUUGUGAUUAUUUUAUUCAGACUUAUUGAUUUGUGAUUAUUUUAUUCUGAAGUCACAUGAAAGAUUAUUGUUUUCAGUAAUAUGUAAGUUGACCACCAACGAACAUAUACUGUACUAUACGAGUGUGCUACAGUAGAAGUUAUUUGUUAUUUGUUACACCAAUAACAAGGAAUAUUCCCAUAGA